ACGCUGCAGUCCGAGCGCGACGCCUUCGUGGUCGCCUUCCUCCUCCUCCUGGUGGAGCACUUCUUCGCGCCGGGGUCGGUGGGCCGGCGCGGCAAGGUGAACGAGGAGGUGUUCCACGCGCUCGCCAACCCGGCGGAGGUCCACCUCUACGACUGGUCGGAGUUCGUGCUGGAGGAGUUCCGCCGCUGCGCCGGCCGCGUCCGGCAACAGGUCACCUCCGGGUGUUCCAAGAUCUCGCCCUCCGGCUGCCUCCUCUUCCUUCAGAUUUUCUAUUUAGAUCAAUUGGAUUCGGAGGCGACAGGUUGCGGAGUACCGCGUGAUGUCCUGCCUCGCGUAGCUGCUUACGACUACAAGUCUCUGUAUCAACUGUUCGACCUGACAGGCAGCCUGAAUGGCCUGAGGGUGGCCUCAAGCUGUUUGGAAAGCUUAAGUUUGUCAUCACGAAGCCGGCACAAACCGAUGAUUUUCAAAGCACUUCCAAGGGUCCAGAGCCAUAUACCUGCAUUCUUCCUAUUUAAGUAACAGCAUGAGAAUACAGACAUGCUACCAAUUAUAGCUCAAGUUAUGGACAGUAUCAAUCAAUUCAAUAAGAUUGUAUCGAAGAUGAACUGUCGUGGUCUUGCUCAUAAGCAGCAUUUGCCUGGGGGAACUGACUCAUACCAGUGCAAAGACGGGCCUUGGGACAUGCAUUCGGCACCACAAGGGAGGCUUGCUAACUCGAACGUCAUCAACCCUAGGGCUUGCAACAUCAGGAAGAUCUUCUUCUUUGGUGUACUUAGUUUACUGCGACCGUUGCAGGCUGUGUGCUAGUACAUUCCAAGGUUUGUUUCCUUUUAUGUUUCUCUGAUAGUUGAGGUUAUAUUGUUGUUGUUUCUUGACCUGUAGAUGCUACUGAAGGUAAUGAAACAAUCGCUGAUCAGUCCUGUUCUGGCAACACUGCUCUUCGGGUUAAGUCAGGGUCAAAUUCCAACAAUAAGUUUGCAAAUAUGCAAUCCGUAACUCAACAGCAAGUUCCAUCCAAGAAAAGGAGUCGAUCAGAAUUUCACAUCAGAAAGGGAACCCAAGCAGCUUCACCCUCUUCAGAAAAGAAGUCAAUGAUUCAACCAAGCUCAUGUCAAACAACUUCAGACAGUACUGAAGAUGUGGUCAUUCUUGAAACCAAUCCUUUUGAGUUUAGUACUGUGGAAUCUUAUCCUCGAACCUCUGCUACAAGGGCACAGUCCAGGUCAGGCACUGAAGAGGUGUUUCCCAAUCUGCAACGAAGAGCUAAACAGGAGGUUCCAUCAGAAGGAACAUGUCCAUCAGAGAAUCCAAUUAGAAAUGGAGCAUAUAGUGAAUCUAACCAUGACAUGAUCCAAGGAGCUGCACCCUCUUCAGAAAAAAAGCCGGUGGUUCAGGCGACUUCAUGCCAAACUAUUACACACUCGGACGAAGAUGUUAUCAUCCUUGACAGCAAUCCUUUUGUUUCUAGUACUGUGGGCUCUCCUGCAACCUCUGCUCCCAGGGUAAAGUCAAGAUUGAACCCCGAGGAGGUGUCUGCAAAUGUGCAACUAAAAACUCAACAAGAAGUUGCAUCUGAGAAAAGGGGAAAAGAUACCCAAUAUGAAUCUUACAAUGACGUGAUCCAACCAGCUUCACCCUCUUCAGAAAAGAAGCCUGUGGUUCAGGUGACCUCAUGCCAAACUGCUUCUGACAAUUUAGAUGAUGUGGUCAUCCUUGACACCAAUCCUUUUAAGUCUAGUACUGUGCGCUUCGAUCCUCAAAACUCUGCUCCCUGGUCACAGUCAAGGUCCAACCCCGAAGAGGUUUUUUCCAAUCUGCAUCCAGGAACCCAACAAGAAACUCCAUAUGAGAAAAGAAGUCAAACGGAAUUUCAAGACAAGAAACUUCACCCUGUCCAGAAGAAAAGCCAGUGGUUCAGAAGAAUACAUGCCAAACUAUUGCGGAAGAUGUCAUGAUCCAUGAUUCCAAUCCUUUUGAAUCUGAGAUAGGGUGUAGUCCCAGCUGCAGAAGUCCAGAAAUGAAGAAAGGGUAUGUUUUUGGACGUUCACCGUUCGAAAUGGGAUUGGUUCACCGACAACCACCCUUGAAAGAUGCCGAAGCAUGCUUCAAGUGGUUAGAGGCAUGCUACUACGCCGACGACCAGCUCAAUUGGCCAUGGGUCAUGCUUGAGGAACCUACUCCUAUAAAAGUAGAUGGACUGAAUAUAAAGCUUCAGAUGAUUCGUGCUGGGGAACUGAAAGAAGACGUUUGUAACCUAGUCAUGCGUCUGUAGCACCGGCUAGAUGAUCAGAUUUAUCCGAACAGUGGCACUACAGAACCAAGAUGGUGCCACUUCCUCCCAGCAGAGUGGUCUUCAUCAGCCCUGAAGCAUGGCGAAAAGAUCAGCCGACAACAAGAACCAUGUUCUCUGGUCCACACAUCGCCUAUGAUGUUGGGCUCUGCAGGAUGGUGAUUGCGCCCGUAGAGCUGGAUGGUUCGUGGUCGUGCUACGCGUGGGAUUUCAAGGAGAAGCGCGGCUCAGCAUUCUGGACCUGCUUCUGAGUCGCAAUGGUAGCAACGAGGCGGCGAUAAAGAUGAAGCACUCCUCCUCGGCGCCCCUGCUCCUCCGCGCUCUCCUUGCCUGUGCAUCCCGGUACUGUGACUCGCAUGGCUAUGAUCACCAGGAGUCCAGGCCCGACGGCUGGGAAACGAAAAUCCUUGAGCGCUUGAAAGGGAUGCGCACUUUCCACAAGCAUAACACGGGCAUGUACACACUGUUCUACGCCAGAGAAUUCGACGGCAAGGGUCUGGAGCAGACUGUCGGCCUGAGAACGAUCGCGAGCCUUCGGAGGGACCUGGUGUACCACAUGGCUCACCAUGCGCGGCAACUCGGGCCGCCCUCCGGCGAUCGUCGGUUGCCCAGUCACGGGACCUGUGAACCAGUGCUAGACUGCCCGUUAACUGUUCGGCUCAGUGUUGGUUCGGCUGCUCUAGCUGCUGCAGCUGCAGUAAUCUAAGCCUUUCGCGGAAGAAAAGAAAUUUAGGCAAUGUUGUCUCUGAACCCCAAUUACUGCGUUCGGCAGGCUGGAGCUGGAGCGGUGUGAGAGAAAAAUACUAUUACCUGACUGGUGGCUGGAGGCUAGUACUGGAGCGA